ACAGGUGGAAACGUUAACUUGAGUCUUCAUUUCCACUCGAACUCUUCAAAGCCAAAGAAGUAAAAGCCACAACACCCAAAAACGUAUUAAUUUGAAGUGUUUUUCUUUAAAAAUUCUUAAACAAAUUUUUGUAACAAAUUUAAAUGUUUGAUGUUAAAAUUGUAAACAGAUAUCGCGUGUUUUGAAAUCGUUCGUUAGUGUCCGGCGGAUCGAUAAGGGUCUUCCUUUGGAUUUAAUACUUUUAUUAUUUUUUUUAACGGGACGAUGAACCUUUAUGAAACACUUUGGUGAAUAAAAUGAAAUUUGAGUAGUGAGGAAGUGAUCGCAUCCGUGAAGUAAUUCGCUCCAGUUACUGGGGUAACCUGUAUACUGGACGACGACGUGAUGUUUCAAUAUGAUGACCACACAUUUUAUCUUUGGAUUUCUCCUUACAUUUUUUUUAAUUAUUCAUCCGAGUAAUAAUCAAGGAAUAACAGACAAUCGUUGUUACCUUGAAAACGGCGCAUCAUCCGAAAAAUUUACCUUACCAGAAGACUCUUUGGUCGGAUCACAAAUUAGGUCUGUUCACGUUCACGGAGAUCCUCGCCCGAGUCUUGAAGGGGGCAACAUCCAACUUUACAUUCAAGAACAAGAUGGCCCUAUUUCGAUAAUACCAAAUUCGAAAAAUUUAACUUUAAAGAGUCGCUUAGAUAAAGAAGGGGUUGAUGGGCCUUCAUCCAUUUUUAUCAAUUUAAUCUGCGAGCGAUUACACACGUUAGAUCCAGUUUUUGUAAUUCCAGUUAAUAUUCGUGUCACUGACGUAAACGAUAAUUUCCCUAAAUUCGUUAACGCCCCUUACGAACUUAACAUCUCCGAAGUAACCGUUGUUGGAACAAGAGUUCUUCAAGGAGUUUUUGCAACGGACGAUGAUCAACACGGUCCGUUUUCAAGUAUACGAUACAGCAUCAUUCCGAGCACUUACAGCGAUUAUUUUGACUUUAUAAACGAAUUAGAAGGAACGUUAGUUUUAAAACAAUCGUUGGAUUUCGAAAAAUUAAAAAAAUUUACCGUUAGAAUCAAAGCUGAAGAUCAUGGUCAACCACCAAAAAGCGCCGAAACAACUUUAACAGUUAACGUAAUCGACGCUGAUGAUCAAAAUCCAAAGUUUUUAGAUGAACGAUAUUUUGCGCAUCUUCAAGAUUCCGCAUUAAAAGAUCAAGUUUUAAAUAUAAAACCAUCCCAAUUAAAAGCGAUUGAUCAAGAUGUUGGAAUUAACGCCCCGAUUUCGUUUACAUUUAACGGAAUCGGUGGCGAUUACAACCUUUUUAAAAUCCAUUCAGAAAGUGGAAUCGUUUCGUUAAAACGCAAUUUAAACGGAAGCGAUCUUAUUCAUCCUUCUACUCUAGUUAUAAAAGCUGUUCAAAAAGAUAACAGCGAUCGGUACGCUUUAACAACUUUAACCGUUUCUAGAUUGACACCGAAAGGACUUAAGUUUUUAAAACGAACAUUUUUUGUUAAAAUUUCUGAAACUUUACCGAUUGGAUCGUUGAUAGCAACUUUUAUAAAUAACCAACCGGGGAAAACAUUAAAGUAUUACGUUUCCGAACAAGAAUUAUUGCAAGUUUUUUCUUUAAACGGACGCGGAGAAUUGAGUUUGAAGAAAAAAUUGGAUUAUGAAACUAGAAAUGAGUAUGUCUUUAAGAUUUUUGCUACAGAUAUGAUUUCGAACGAUACCUUCUCGGUGAACAUAACCGUUGAUGAUGUUAACGAAUGGGAACCAAGAUUUCGUUACAACCACUACGAAUUCUUCGUUUCUGGCGACCAAACCGACUUAAUCGGGCGAAUAGAAGCAGCGGAUGGAGAUAAAAACGACGCCUUAUCUUUCACUUUAAUCGGAAUUAAUUCCUCUAUAUUCACCAUUAAUCCCACGGGAGAAUUAAAAUUAAAAACGAUCGGAAACCAUUUUGGAAUUGCUAGUUUAACCGUUAUUGUCACUGAUAGCGGAAUUCCACCGAAAAAAGCAACCGUUCCAGUCACAGUACAUUUUCCAUCACCUCCUGAUUCGGGGGAGAUAUUAUUAGAAGAAAAAAAUAAUGGGGGACAUUUAAUCUUAGCUGGUUUAGGAGGAAUAUUAUUAAUUUUGGCUUUUAUCGUUAUACUUCUUGCUGCUUAUAUUUGUAGAGCUAAAAGAAGAUCAUCUCGAGAACAACUACCAUCUUUAUCGAUAGAAAAAUCACCAAGUUCUAGUUCUACUUCAUCUGGAAAAGUAAGCAAUCCAAUGUUUGGGGAUAGAAUGAGAUCACCAACGGCUACGGCAAUGGGGGGAAUUCCAAAUGAAUUGUCGAAAUCGCGAAUACCAAGUCCGAAAGUGCAUCCGGCGCCGCAACCUCCUUCUUGGCCCGGUUCUUCGCUCGCAAAUAGAGUUAAAAAGUUAAGCUGGGGUGAUGAUAAGACGGAUUCUGAUAGCACCGAUAACCUGAAUAACAUCGAUGCUACACCGAAGAUAACCGAAAAUACAAAUUUGACGGUAUAUUUUUAGGUGUAUGUUAAUUUAUAUGAUUAAAUUUUUGUAUAUAAUUUUAAAUAAAUAAUCUUGUAAACG